AUGGCGGGGCUCAACGUGUCCAUCGCCUUCUUCCUGGCCACCCUCGCCCUCUGCGAGGGGGUCCGCAAGGCGGCCAAAGCCCUGCUCCCCGCAGAUGCCUACAGUGUGGCCCGGGAGGUGGCGGGUGCGGCCCAGCUGGGUGCCUGCUGCCUGGAAAUGCGGGCGCUGGCUGAGGUGGGACCCUGGGCGGGAGGUGUGGGGCCCGACCUGCUGCUGACUCUGCUCUUCCUGCUCUUCCUGGCUCAUGGGGCCACGUUCGACGGUGCAGCGACCAACCCCACCGUGACCCUGCAGGACUGGCUCCUGGCCGAGGCCUCGCUGGCCAGCGCAGGGUUGCGGGUGGCCGCACAGGCACUGGGCCUGCAGGUGGGCUGCACGCUGACGCGGCUCUUCUGGGCCUGUGAGCUCAGUGACCUCCACGUGCUGCAGCACCUCAUGGCCCAGCACUGCAGCUCGGCGCUGCGCACAGACCCUGCACAUGGCACCGCCGUGGAGGCCGCCUGCGCCUGCCUCUUUCACCUCACUCUCCUGAGCCUGCGCCGCAGCCCGCAAGUCUGUAAGGUGCCCGCCAUAGCCCUGCUGGUCACUGUCAUGGCCUACACAGCUGGACCCUUCACAUCCGCCUUCUUCAACCCUGCCCUGGCUGCCUGGGUUACCUUCGGGUGUGCGGGCCACAGCUGGCUGGAGCACGCCCAGGUGUACUGGCUGGGGCCGCUGGCAGGCAUGGUCCUGGCUGUCCUGCUGCACCAUGGACACCUGCCUCGGCUGUUCCAGAGGAACCUGCUAUAUCCGAAGAAGAGCAAGUUCCGGGUGCCCCGUAUGAAGCCAGCUCAAGGACCCAGCAGCCGGCUGGAUGGGGGUUCAGGACGGGGUGGCUGCUGA